AAAAAACCCCCAAAAAAAAAAAAAAAAAAAAAAAAAAAAAAAAAGAGGACAAAAUCUCUCAUAUGAGAAACCCUAAACGAUUGUAUCGAUGAUUGGAAACACAAGUUUCUCGUUUCGGAGGUAAUCUGAGAACGAAGAAGAAGAAGAUGACGACGACGCAGAAACAGAGGAGACACGAGAAGAGCUUCUGUUUCAGACACUACUACAAAUGGAUCCUCUGUUUUUUUCUGACUCUUUAUUUUCUUGCAUCCUUCUUCGUCGACCACGAUCAUGAUCAUGAUCACGAUGACCGUACGACGCCGUCCAAUUCGUCAACUCCCGAUCUUCUUCCAAACCCUAAAUCUAAUUCUGUCAUGGCUUCUCGCGCCGUGAUCGAAUCUGAAUCCAUCGGUCAAGAUCCCAACGUCAAACCAGGAAAACUCAACGGCUUGAAAAUAUACGUAUACGAAUUACCAUCGAAGUUCAACAAGGACUGGCUCCAAAACGACCGGUGCGGUAGCCACCUUUUCGCGGCGGAGGUGGCAUUACACCGGGCGUUGCUCGGAGCCGCCGGCGUACGGACGGAGGAUCCGUACGAGGCUGAUUUCUUCUUCGUUCCAGUGUACGUGUCGUGCAACUUCAGCACCGUCAACGGGUUUCCGGCGAUCGGGCACGCCCGAACUCUGAUCUCCGACGCGGUCAGGCUAGUCUCCGCCCGGUUCCCGUUCUGGAACCGGACCCGUGGUUCGGACCACGUCUUCGUCGCCACGCAUGACUUUGGCUCCUGCUUUCACACCAUGGAGGAUAGGGCAAUUGCAGAUGGAGUGCCGGAGAUUUUGAAGAAUUCCAUAAUUUUGCAAACGUUCGGGGUUAAGUAUAAGCAUCCGUGUCAAGGCGUGGAGCAUGUCGUCAUACCGCCGUACAUCUCGCCGGAAAGUGUACGAAAAACGUCGAACAACUUUCCGGCCACCGGAAAACGUGACAUCUUCGUUUUCUUCCGGGGAAAGAUGGAAGUCAAUCCCAAGAACAUCAGUGGACGCUUCUAUAGCAAACGGGUAAGGACGGAGAUAGGGCGGAGAUACAGCGGAGAUCGGCGGUUCUAUCUCCGCCGCAACAGAUUGGCCGGCUACCAAUCGGAGAUCGCUCGCUCCGUCUUCUGCCUCUGCCCUCUCGGGUGGGCCCCGUGGAGCCCCAGGCUCGUGGAGUCAGUCGUCCUCGGCUGCGUCCCCGUCAUCAUCGCCGACGGCAUCCGUCUUCCCUUCCCCUCCGCCGUUCCCUGGCCGGAGAUUUCUCUCACCGUGCCGGAGAGACACCUCGGAGACCUUGGGAAGAUCCUCGAACACGUGGCGGCCUCUAAUUUGUCCGUCAUCCAGCGGAAUCUGGAGGAGCCGUCGGUGAAGCGUGCUCUGCUGUUCAAUGUCCCGAUGGAGGAAGGUGACGCCACGUGGCAGGUGUUGGAGGCUUUGUCGGAGAAGUUUGGUAGAUCGGUCAGGAGGUCAAAGGGAUUUUUACUCCAAUAGAGUUUUGACACGUGUUGUAAUAAUAAAAAAAAAAUUUAAUUUUCCGACCUGCCGGAUUCGAACCAGCGACCUAAGGAUUAUUCUGCGAUCAGACUACA